AUGACUGCUGUUGUCGACGCCUUCAUCUCCAAGCCGGAGCCGGCCCCUGAGGUCGUCCCGGUGAAGAAGACACCCCAUGAGUUCUGGUCGGACUAUCUUUGUUCCAUCAUCGAGCCGUUGAUGCAGGCUUCGGGAGGUUACACUCGCGAGCAACAAGCCAAGCAUCUGCAAUUCCUCACCGACCAUGUCGCUCCCACUCUUGGCCCCCUCCCUUCAGAGCCACGAGCGACAUACACGCAGACCUACGUCGACUCGCCCUUUGAACCCAGCCUCAACCUCACUUCGUCCGGCAAAGUUAAGGUUCGAUAUGGGCUUGAGGUUGUCAAGCCGCCCGGAGGUGCUGAUGGCCCGGACCCGUUCGGCGAGAAACGCGCACGAGAGGUUCUACUCCAGUUUGCCAAGGUUUCCGGCGCUGAUACCAAGUGGCUCUCCAGCGCCAUGGACCAGUUCUUUUUGACGCCCGAAGAGACCGAGGACAUGCGGCAUAAGCUACCGACGUUUAUGCCUAGCAGUCUGCUGGCGUUUGACCUCGAUGCUACCAAGACCAUGAUGAAGGUGUACAUUAUUGCCAUGCGGAAAGCCAUUGCCUCAGGCAGCCCAUCAAGCAACUUGUUCACCCUGCAAGCUCUACGCAGGCUGGAGCCCUGGGGGGAGAAGUUGGGCCCCGGUCUAGAUGUUAUCGCCGACAACUCCUUCGCCGUUGCCAGUGAUGUCAUGACCCUCGGCGGCCGCCUCACUGAUGAGACUUCGCUCAAGCGCGUCGAGAUACUGCGCUCGCUCUGGCCACUCCUCCGCAACGAGAAACCGGGUGAAGGCCCGGACCCCGUUGCUGAACCGGAGGCUUGGGAAACCUGGGAGAAGCCUGAGCGCAUUACCGGGACUCCGCUAUCGGGUCUGCAGUACAACGUUGAGUUGAACCCGAGCAAGCCCGGGCUAGAAAUGAAGUCCUAUGUCCCGCUGUUCCAGCACAACGCUACGGCCAAGGAGUCAGAAGAGAGCAUGGAGAAAAUCCUCACCAAGCUCGACCAUGAAUGGGGUAUCUACGGCAAGUACAGUCUGGCCGUGAGGGCUGCCUAUGGCAAGGACCGCGUCUCGCCGACCUUUGUCUCCUUUUCUUACUCCAAAAGCAAGGGUCCGUACAUGUCGUCGUAUGUGCCAGGCGUGCUGGAUGUUGGUGCUGAGAUGAAGUCGGGCAACUGGAAGUACUCUUAG